AUGUCUUCCCCAUACCUCCCUGUGGUUGAGCCGGCCUCCCCUGACGCUGCGAUGUACGAGGCUGCCACCAUCCUGGCUGGACUUCGACACGCGCGUGCCUCAACGUCGGCUGCAAAGCCAGGUCUCAAGCUCAAGCUGAGAUGCAUACAAUCCGCGCUCCACCCUUCCCCUCCUCCCAUUGCUGGUGCUGGCCAUAAGCGCAAAUUCACCCACCAUGAAGACGAUGUCCAGCUUCCUCCAACUGUCCCUUCACCCCCAAUCCCCAUACCCACCAUGAAGCGGCUGAAGCGUAUCCUCGACCCCCAGAAGACUGAGCACGCUGCGCUUAUCGCCGCCGCCACAAAAGACGGCGCCGAGUACUACGACUCUGACGCAUCCGACGUCGCUGGCGACGUCAAGGACACCACGAAGCCAGAGCUCUUCCGUAACGUCAGCUGGGGCGCCUACGCAACCUCCUACGACAACGAUGCCGACUUCCAGGCCCAGCCUGAAUUCACCCAGUUCGUCCCCGGCCGCUUCGAACUCCUCGCCGAUGGCACCGUACGCGACCAAAAGCAUAAGCUCGUCAUCAAGCUGCUUGACAAGAGUGGCAAGAAGCGCAUCUUCGCUAACCCGCCGCCGCGCGACUGGGCUUCGCAAGAGGCGAUCACGGUAUUGAACAAGCGCACCGUUCAGCAGAUUCGGCGCAAUACCAGCGUAAGGUUUCGCGAGGUUGUGCAGGCUUAUGUGCAGGAGGAGCGGACGUGGAUUCUCGCCAACCUUACCAACGGAAAGCCUACCAAAGGGUGGAAAACCUUUGUCGAUGAGUUCAACAAGACGUUUGCGGGCAGAAUUCUCGUAGGUGCGGCUGGUGCUCGGCCCGUCAGGAGUCAUUCUAGUCUCACCAAGGAGGUGGAGAGAUUUGGAGCUGAGUUCUACACGAAGGGUCUGGUACCGGUGCCAGCCAAAAAGGAGGCCAAGAAAGGAUGA